GCGCGCGCCUCCCGCUCGAUCGGAUCCCUCGAAUUCAGAGGCCUAAUUUGUCGACGAGAUCUCUUUCUCGAGAGGGUCGCGCGGCGCUCCCGGCGGCAACCCUAGCUAUCCGCGCCGUCCGUGUCGGAUUCAAGUAGGAAUCCCGCGCCAACUCCAUCCUCCUGUAGUCCCGUUCCGUAUAUACCACCUCCGCGCAUCGGCUCGUCUUCUGAUCAAUCCGUCUUCUUUUCCUCCGCAAAUUAACUCCCGAUCUACUAGUAGGGUUUAUGCGAGUGACUGAGAUUUGCGAUCAGAAUCCAAGGGGAAUGGGUACCGCCGGCAAUGCGUGCUCAGGGAGUCGAGCACAUGAUGAUUCGAUCAGUGGUGAAGCCCUCCUGGACUUGAACCGAUCUCCUCCCGUCGACGGGGGCGGGGGCGGCGAGAAGGAGGCCACGAUCGUCGCGGGAUCGCCCGUCGCCGUGGACUGCUUGGAUCGAUCUCGCUUUGAAGCGGGCGGGAGCAGCCAUAACGAGGCUCUGACUCCGAUCGAUGCCGGCAAACGGGCGUCGCCAAUCGUCGUGGACUUGGAUCGAUCUCCCCUGGCCGGGGAAGGGUGCAGCCGGAACGAGGCUCCGACUCCGAUCGCUGCGGGCACACGAGCCUCGCCAGUCGUCGUCGACUUGGAUGGAUCUCCCGUAUCUGGGGGAGGGGGCAGCCAGCACGAGGCUCUGUCUUCGAUCGCCGCGGGUACACGGGCGUCUCCGGUCGUCGUCGACUUGGAUGGAUCUCCCGUGGCUGGCGGUGGGGGCAGCCAGCACGAGCCACCAAUCGCCGCCGGCACACAGGCCUUGCCAAUCGACGUCGAAUCUCUAGUCGACGAGGGGAGGAGGAACAGGACGGUAACAAUGAGGAGACGUCGUGUGAUUGUUUUCGAUGUGGAGGCGGGUACCGAUCAGCAAGGUGGUAGUGAUGCUAGAACAUUACAUUUACUUCCCGGUGGGAGCAAACGACGAAGGGUUGGACCUGUUAUAUGCCUAUCUCCGGUCAGGCUAGAAAGAUCCAGCAACCAGGGUCUGCAUAUCUUUCCCUGUACUGGUGGAACAGAAAUGCAGCGAAGCGCCUUUGUGCCAGUCAGUAGACCAAGAGCAAAAGCUGCUCCAAAGGAACCGGUCUUCACCUGCCCAGUGUGCCUGAACAAGAUAGAGCAGCCGUCCACAACGAGCUGCGGCCAUGUCUUCUGCGAGAAGUGUAUCCAGGAGUCCAUCAAGGCUCAGAAGAAAUGCCCUACCUGUAGGAAGAAGCUGGGUCCUAAGAGCUUCCACCGUGUUUACCUCCCUGCAACUGCUGAUCAAUGCUGAGCUUAAGGUCCUCCGUUUCUUCAGCUUCAGUAUUGGCAUCAGAAGAAACUUCGACGGUGUGCGAUCAAACAAAUAGAGUUGCUGUCUGUUGCAAGUCUUUUGCAACAAGUUUACAGCAUGUAACUUGUGUUCUUGAACAGAUCAGUGACUGUAGAGUGAUGCUCUUGUUGGUUGUGUGCAUCGAUCGAUGCAUAGACCGGGGGGCACUUCCUCUCUUUUUUCCCUAAAAAAUCAGAGUGAUGAUCGGACUUAGAUCAUGGUUCACAGCUCACAUAUAUGCUCCUCAAGUGAAGUGUGGUGCAACUUUGCAACAGUAGUGCCUUUGCAA